GCGGGCCGCCGGGCCCGGCGAGGGCGCUCCAGGCCGGACCUCCGGAGCAGUCGCGCGCCGCCGGGGCCGCUCUAGCCGGCGGGCAGGAGCGCGGUGCACCUCGGGAAGGCGGCGGGCUGCUCCAGCCCUCGGCGUCGCGGGCGCCAUGGUAGGUGGCGAGGCUGCCGCCGCGGUGGAGGAGCUGGUGUCCGGCGUGCGGCAGGCGGCCGACUUCGCGGAGCAGUUCCGCUCCUACUCCGAGAGCGAGAAGCAAUGGAAAGCCCGCAUGGAAUUCAUCCUGCGCCACCUGCCCGACUACCGCGACCCGCCCGACGGCGGCGGCCGCCUGGACCAGCUGCUGUCUCUGUCCAUGGUGUGGGCCAACCACCUCUUCCUGGGCUGCAGCUACAAUAAAGACCUUUUAGACAAGGUGAUGGGAAUGGCUGAUGGGAUUGAAGUGGAAGACCUGCCACAGUUCACUACCAGAAGUGAAUUAAUGAAAAAGGUAGAACUAGACUCUGUCCAGUCAUGCAGAGCUGCUGAAAGAUCAGAAUAUUUCAUGAAGUUUGGGUGCAAACCCCAAGAGCAUCAAAGCUAAGACGGAAGGUUAACAUCGUGUCAUCAUGAGCUGCAGGCUUACAAAGGAGGCUGGGACAAGUGUGACACUGACCACAGAGCUCUGGAGACUGCUGGGACUGCCAACAGAAAGAGGCAGGUGGAAUGACAGGGAACCUGUCUCAGCUGGCUUUUUCCAAGUCCUCACCCUUUGAGUAGCUGUCACUGUAACAGUGUGCAUGGAUAUUUAUGUAUUUAUAGAUCAUGCCGUCUGAGGUGAAUUCAACAACAUUGUACGAGCCCUCUUUCCUGUUGUUUUAUAAAUGCCAAACUUUUUGUUUAAAAUGCUCUUUUAAAAUAUAUUAAUGUAAUAAUGGCAGGUAA